AUGGACUCUCAGCAACAGUUUUCUGAAACAUACUCUGAAGUCACAGUCAGCUCAAGUGCAGAUGUUCAAAAUCACACGAAGAAAGACUCUGGGACAUCUGAGAGUGCCAGGGGUGGCAGAGGACGAGCAAGAGCAUACCCUUCACCAUCUCGCAGGAGACACCGAACUACCUUCAGCAAUGAACAGCUGGAUAAGCUGGAGUUAGCAUUCAGACAGAACCACUAUCCUGAUAUCUACUACAGAGAGGAGCUGGCCAGAACCACCAAACUCAAUGAGGCUCGUAUACAGGUAUGGUUCCAGAACCGCCGUGCCAAGCAGCGGAAGCAGGAUCGAAUCACCCAGAAAGUCCUGCCAGUGGGCAUGAUGCCAGGGCGCGGGUCUCUCUUUGGCAGCAUGUGUGUUUCUUCCUCUGCUAUGGGGCGGCAGUACCAGUGCCCCCAUUCCUUGCCACACAUACCCCGAUUCUCUUCAGUGCUGCCCUCUGGAGGCUAUCCAAUCCAUCCACCCUCCAGCAGUCAUUUCUCUUGUCCCUCAGGCCCUGCUCCAUCACAGGCCACUAGGCAGCCUGAUGACUGGUACAACCAACUGCGCAACAUCGGCCCAUCCUCCAGUCUUCCACCUGCUUCAAUGCUCUCUCUGGCUUCUGUGUCAGCACUAGAAUCUGCUAGUCACUGGAACUAGAGUUAGUGGUGAGCGCUCCAUAGGCAUAUUGAUUAGUUGUAAACAUGUCUAGCUCUUUUGUGUGAGGUACAGGAAUUUAAAUGUACACAACUGAUAUACAGUGGGGCUCCAAAAGUUUGAGACAACCAGUAAAAAUGCUUUUAUUUUGCAUUUUCAUUACAAAUUGAAGUAUAUUACCUGUAUAAUUAUUUUAGUGAAAAGUUGAACUGAAAAAAAUGACACUACUUCUAGAAUUUCUUAGUAUUUGGUAUGUCCUCUUUUGCUUAAAUUACAGCAUGCACUUGAGCUGGCAUGAACUCCACAAGUUUGUGCAAAACCUGAUGAUCCGUGUUUUCCAGCAUGCCUUGAGAAUGUAUCAAAGAGCAUCUUGCAUGCUUCAAUGGAAGCAAACAAAUCUGACGUUUGGAAAAAAAGACAUUAACAUGGGAAUUAAUCAUCAAUCGAGACACAUUUGUGGCAUAAUGUUGAUUAUUACUGAAAAUAUUUUUGUUUCAUCCAGUGUUUAUUUAAAAAUCACAGUUACA